UUUAUAUUCUACUGCUAGUCUGUCUUCAUUCGGAGAAUCGGAGGUAAUCGUCUGGAAUUUAUUUUAAACCGACGGUCAGAGCUAUAGCUACUAGUCAGUCCACCACCAUCAUCAUCAGACCCCCCAAUUUAAGCCCCUGCCUGCUUUGAGGUCCCCUAGCUCAUUAUCUACCACAAUCUUGAUCCUUCUGGGUGUUGAUUCUAACCUUCUUUUACAAGAAAGGAAUUGGUAUGUUUCUGCAAAAGCACCUUCUUUUUUACCUAUCUAUUGGCUAUUCUUGGUCAGACUUUAGGGUGGUGUGAUCCUCACAUUGUCUGUGCAAUUCAAACAAGAUUCUAAGCCUCGUUUGGAUCAAGAUGUGUUUUGAAAAUCGUGAAAAUUGCAAUCAUGGCCUGCGCUGCGCCUAAUAAUAAUAAUCAUAAUAAUAGUAUAAAACGCCAGAGAAAGGGAAUCUGCUUUCUCUUUACUUCAUCUGGUGAGCUGUGACUACUUGUACCUUUUCGUUUCUUCGUUGCCUACUUUAUGCCCUCUUUGAAAGUUUCUUACUUUUUUCUUUCAUGAGAUUAGACUAGAUCCAAGGGUUCUUGAAGCUCCUACGCAAGCUUAGAUUUUAUGCCUGUUGCAUUGGAUUUUCCCCUUUUCCAUUUCUUUAAUUCACCCUCUAAUAAUAAUAAGCUUAGAUAAUAAAGCUGCCAAUUUACUUUGUUCCUUGUUGAGUCCUCAAGGUAUUACCAGCUGUCUUUCUUUUUGGUCAAACCCAUUUUACCUUUUUCUUAUAUAUAUAUACAUAGUUCCUUGAUCUUGAUUUUCCCAGCAGAAGAUUGGGACUUUACCCUUUUGAAGGUGCACGGAGUGAAAUCCGCAAUUUUCGGGGUUUUUUGUUUGAGAAAUGGAUACAGAGGAUGAUGGUGAGAUGGGGCUCCGACCCACUUACGGGCCACCCACUGGGAUAGACCCGUUACCAUUUUGGGACCCUAUUGUGAACCAGAAUUUGCAGUACCCGGGUGUGCUCGAUAAUCACCUUGAUAUGGUUCACAAGGUUCCAGCUUUCUGCAAUGGAGGCUUCACUGGUUCUUCUGGCCUAUCAGAUUGUCACUUAAAUUAUGAUCUUUUGCCUAAUGCAAGGAAGAGAAGACCAUCAGAUUGUGUUCCUCCUUCAAAUGCCAGUAAGAAUGUUGAGUCAAAAGACCAUUUGGGAGUCUGCUCAGAACAAGAUGAACAUAAUUCUAGUUUGAGGAGUAAACAAGGGGGCAAACAAGUCAUUAAGGAUAAUAAUUCCAGCAGUGGAGAACCUCCCAAAGAAAAUUAUGUGCAUGUCAGGGCUAAACGUGGGCAGGCGACUAACAGCCACAGCCUUGCUGAAAGGGUGAGAAGGGAGAGAAUUAGUGAAAGAAUGAGACUGCUUCAAGAACUAGUCCCAGGCUGUAAUAAGAUCACUGGGAAGGCAGUUAUGCUUGAUGAGAUUAUCAACUAUGUGCAAUCACUCCAGCAACAAGUUGAGUUUCUGUCAAUGAAACUUGCAACUGUGAAUCCAGAGGUGAACCUUGACAUGGAAAGAGUAUUAUCCAAGGACAUUCUUCACACGCAUGGCAUAAAUAGCGGAGCUCUUCAUGGACCUCCUGGUCAAGGAUUCAACUCAUCACUUCCUUUCCCUGGCAGCGGUAUUCCACCGGGAACGUAUAGCAGUCUCCCUAACACAGCACCAUUUCACACACUGCAGCAGAACGUGUGGGAAAACGAUGUUCAGAAUACCCUGCGGAUGGGAUUUGAUUCUAAUUCUUGUAUGAACAAUAUGGGGACCAAAUGGUGACCAUUUAUAGGGACUAAAAUGAUCACUUCUACCAUUCAGUUUACAGCUUAGGCUGCUGAGUUUAAUUUGCUUCACAUGGACAAGAAAUUAGCAAAAGAUAAUUAUUUUCAUAGCUGUAUAGGCGGUUGUUUAGCUCCUAACUUUUUUGUUCUUCGAAUUUUAGUAGAAGAAAUGACACUGUUUCAAUCUUUAUAAUUAAUUAAUCUCCAGUAUAUGUGUUAAGCUUUAUCGCGAUUUUUGAGGAACUUUAGUAUUAUUAUAUACUCCGUACAUUUACAU